AUGGCGAUAAGGGACGAUCUCGUCGCCUCUGCGGCGCAAUUUCUCCAAGACCCAAGCGUGGCGUCAUCGCCGAUCGAGAAUCGAAUCUCAUUCCUGCGCAACAAGAACCUCACUCAGGAGGAGAUAGACGCUGCCCUUGCUCGGGCUGGGGCCUACCAGGGUUCAGCCGAACUGGCACCCUCGACUCACACAGGCCCGUCGCAGCCGUCGCAGCCGCAGUACUACCAGCCGUCGUACGCCCAGUAUCCAUGGCAGCAGCCGCCGCCACCGGUCCCUAGGAGGGACUGGAGGGAUUGGUUCAUUAUGGCGACAAUGAUGGGAGGCUUAGGUUAUGGUCUUUACACCGUAACAAAGCGAUACGUGUAUCCCAUGAUUGCGCCACCCACUCCCGAGAGGUUAGAGCAAGAUAAGAAAGACAUCUCCGAGCAGUUUGACAAGACGUUUGCCUUGGUCGAGCAACUCGCAAGGGACACAGAAGCUUUGAAGGCCGCAGAGAAAGACAGGACAGAAAGACUAGAUACUGCUCUAUCGGAACUAGAGUCGGUCAUCAACGAGUUGAAAUCCGCAAACCGACGACGCGAGGACGAUGCCCAGCGUAUUCGAGACGAGGUUCAAAGUCUAAAAGAAUCCAUCCCGGCUGCCCUCGAGGCGCAAAAGACUCUCGCCGACAGUAGGCUAAAAGAAGUCAAUACGGAACUCCUCAGCCUUAAGACCCUGAUUUCGCGAAUGAAUACCCAGACGAUCACAACAACGGGUUCGGCCGGGCAAUCCCGACAAACAAAUGGCAACGUUAACGGCAGCAAUGUCGAGCAACCAAAUACUAGCACCAGCGGACAAAAGAACGCGGAGCCUGAUGAGGUCGCAUCGGCACCGAGUGCGCCAGUCGCAAAAGCCAGCGGUCGCUCGUCGCCACUAUCCAGCGGAAACGCGGCUGGCAAGGUAUCGAUUCCAGCCUGGCAACUCGCCAUGGCCAACAAGAGUGAUGCAGAUGCAGGGGCUGGCUCUCAAGCCAAUGCUAGCAGUUGA